AAUCUUCCGUGCACAAAGAUGGCUGCGGUCGGGCGGCUUGUUCUCGGGGUCGGCAGCUCCCUGCGGCUUGGAGUAUCGCGGGGCCUAUUCAAACCCCAAAUUAAAGCGGGAGUUCAAGUGAACACUUCUAGAAAGUUGGUGAUGACUAAAUCGGGCGCUAUCUUACCCAAGCCCGUCAAGACUCCCUUUGGUCUCAUUAAAGUCUUUAUUGUGGUCAUCCCAUUUCUUUACAUGGGCACUCAGAUCAGCAAGAGCUUCGCUUCACUACUGGAGGAACAUGAUAUCUUUGUCCCUGUUGAUGAUGACGACGAUGAUUAACUAACAGAUUUCUGCUGUGUCUAGAGCUUGCUCUUGUUGGACUGCACUCCACAGUAAUGACUAACUGUACAUAUGCCUGUAUCCGAAGCUGCCUCUGGCUGGAAGAAGACAAACACUGAAGAGAGAAUGAAAACUUUGUUGUAUAUACUGUGUGCUUAAGGGAAAGUUGGGACUUUUAAAGAGUGUCUAUUCUGAUCAGUUAUGCGCACUGUGUUUAAAUUGAGAAUUUUUCAGUUAGGUUCCCUUUUGAACAUUAAUUCUUUUUCUCCUCCGUUCUGAGAAAACAUUUUCCUUUCUCCAUUUUCCUUGAGACACUGAUUCAAAUGAGGAUCUGCAAUACCAGGUUAUCUUUUUUCCAAAAUCUUGAGACUGGCUGCAGCCUGAUCUGUGUAAAUGUUCUGUGCAUUCUUGAAAUUGAACUGUAGUGGUCCCUAGCUUUUGAGUGGACAUGAUUUUCCCACUAAUGGCAGGGUGGAGACCACAUGAUCCUUAGAUUUAACAUUCAUAAACUGCACUUUGCCAUACAGCCCCAAUGUUUUACUUCAUUUCGGGGAGUUUUAAUACAAAUUCAAUUAUUUGAACAGAAAAGGAUAAAAACCUUAAAAGCAAAUGCUUAUAGUCAUCCAAGUUCUAAAAUUCAAAUACUGAAGACCAUUAGUAUCUAGUGCACUUAAACCUGACUAAACUGUGUUCCAGAAACAACCAGAGCUGUUCUAAGAUUUGGUAUUUGGAGACAGAUGUGAAUGCAAUAGGUAGUGGUGUUUGACCAUGUUCCUGGCCAUGGCCUGUGGUGGCAAGUGAAUGAGAAUGGACACUGAUUCUAGGGACUAUUCCAGUCUGUAUUUUAUUGGGUUGCAUGUUUUCUUUAAUAGCACGAUGUUGUAGGGUUAAAUGUUUUUAGUCAUCUUCUCAGUCUGAAGAUUUACUGAGUGUGUUUGAUUCGGUUGCAGCUACCUAUGUUGUCUAAGCAGCUAGAACCAUCUGUGGCAGUUUGUUAUCCGCAGCAAUAAACCUUGUCCAGAAUCUUGCCUUUUCACCAUGUUACUGUGGCUGUGACAUUGGCUCGUUUACAAAACUUUGACAGUACUGCAGAUUUAAACAUUCCUUGGUUUGUUACUGUAUACCCUACAUGUUUGGCCUAUGCUUACAUUUAUAACCUAUUCAAGCUUCUUUUCCAAUUUUCCAUAAUAAAACUAACACCAUCCUCUA